GAAAAAUGGCGCGAUAAUUAUUACGAGGACCAUGAAACCCAAUCUCGGUGCACACUCCGCGAACGAACUGGCAAAGUGUUAGGCCUAUUGGUUGUUUAUUCCUUUAUAGAGUGAUUACUACGUACGACGAAAACGGAUGUAUGUAUAAUAUUUCGUGAAUUAGAUUGUUAAGUGAGUGAAAUCUUGGUUACGAUGAGGCAGACACAGGCAAAGGCCGUAGCUGGGAUGACAUGCCAGGUCCUCCGCAAAACCAGAAGAUCAAAAAUGGCCCUGGCGGCUGCCAACAAACCAACCGACCCCGAGAAGAAGCCCUCCAAAGAAAAAGAGGCCCACUCGGGCUCCAAUCCCCUCAACAUCGACGCGACGACGUGGAAGGGCCGCUACAAAUUCUUCAUAGAAAACAUCACGGUGGAGCCCAUGCUGGCCUGCUACAUCGUCCCCAGCGUGCUGGCCAGCCUGGCCACCCAGAACCUCAACCUGGAGAAGGCCUGCCGGGUGAACCUGGGCUACUCGACGGAGGUCUGCGACGCCCUAACGGAGAGACGAACGGCGAAUUACACUCUGGAGGAACGGGAGGUGCAGCAACUGGUCGCCUCGAUGGGCGUUUGGAAGACCAUGCUGCAGAGCGCCCUGCCGGCGUUCCUCAUCAUGUUCAUCGGCUCCUGGAGCGACAGAUGGGGCAAGCGGAAACCCUGCAUGCUGUUCCCCAUCGUCGGGGAGUUCAUGACGGUGGUGGGCCUGAUGAUCUGCACGUUCUUCUUCUACGAGCUGCCGAUGGAAGUGGCCGGUUUCAUCGAGGGUUUCUUCCCCGCCAUAACGGGCGGCUGGUUCACCAUGUUCAUGGGGAUAUUCAGUUACAUAGCGGACGUGACCACGCUGGACGUGAGGACAUUGCGGAUCGGUAUCGUUAACGUGUUCUGCUCGUUGGGCAUCCCCAUCGGGCUGGCGCUGAGCGGGAUCUUGUACAAAAAGAUCGGGUUCUACGGGGUGUUUUCCAUAUCGGCGGUUAUGUAUAUUAUAGCGCUGUAUUACGGUUACAAGUCUAUUAAGGAGCCGAAGAAAUUGGACACGCCGACGCUUCCGGACCAACCGUGCGCUUUUAUUAGAGACUUUUUCGACGUCAGGCAUCUGCUGGAUACUUUCAGAGUGGCCUUCAAGAAAGGCGAGAACAAACGCAGGAAAAAGGUCAUGCUGCUCAUGCUUGUUGUUAUGGUUGUUAUUGGACCAAUGCACGGUGAAAUGAGCGUGGGAUAUUUAUUUACUCGCUACAGAUUUAAUUGGGACGAGGUGGAUUUCAGUAUUUUUUCCACCUACAGUAUGGUAACCAAUUUAAUAGGUACGUCGUUUUCAGUAGGAGUUUUCAGCCACAUUUUGAAAUUCGACGAUGCUAUCAUCGGAAUCUACUCGUCUAUGAGCAAAAUCCUAUCCAGUUUCGUCUACGGAUUCGCCACUACAUCUCUCGUUUUUUAUUUAGGUGCAAUCGUGGAAAUUUUAAACGGCACAUCCUUCAUCGCAAUGAGAUCGAUCGCUUCCAAGCUAGUCCCUACAGACGAACUAGGUAAGGUGAACUCUCUAUUCGGAGUAUGCGAAGCCCUGAUGCCCCUUUUGUACGGGCCCAUGUACAACGCCACCUACGCGGCGACCCUGCAGGUGAUGCCGGGGGCCUUCUACAUCCUCGGCGGCGUCCUCACGAUCCCCGCCGUCGUCAUAUUCGGGUGGAUGUACGUCCAAAACCGCAAAAUGGCCAAGGCGAAACCGGCGCAAGACGGGGAAAAACCGGCCGCCGGUGACGCUUCACCUGCAUUGAACGGCUUCAGGAAAACCGCCGGCGAUUCGAACGACAAGAAGAGUUGCUAUCAAAACGGCGUGAUUAAUCCCGCUUUCGACGGUAAAUUGAAAACUAAUAGCGAAGAGGGAAACGCGGCGGAAGGUAGAGAGAAUGUUAUCAACAAGAACGCCGAUACUCGCAUCGAUGUUAUAGAAAACGGUAUUUACUAUAUCAAAGAGAACGGCGUCAACAACAUGGCGUUUAAAACUGAAGAACAGUAAAUCGACGGGGCUGGCUCGCUGAAUUUGUGGCAAUUAAUCGGUAGUUGUUUAAGUUUUAAAAGAAUGAUCUCAAAUUAGGAUCGGUUGAAUUAGCGAAUUACGUCUUUGUAUAAGUGGAAUUUCUUUCAAAGCUUCUCUUUGGGACAAUAAUUUUUUCGAUGCUCGUUCAGUUAACGAGGCCUAAAUGCACGAGGUGCGUUGCAAACUUAAAAUAGAUCUACCUAAAAUUCCUAUAUAUAAAGAUAAGUAAAUAAUUGCAAUAAUUGAAGUGCCUUCUUAAAAAUACGUAAUUUUUAAAACCAGCAAUCAAUUUUUAUAUAGGUAAUGUUGAGAAUUUUUAUCGCGAACAAUAUUGUAGUAGUAUUACUAAACUGUGUUAUAAUGAAGUACAGUUCGAUGGGAAUGGCAGAAGGGAAUGUGCCAAUUCGAUGAUUACUUAUAAAAAAAUGAGAGUCCUAUUAAUUGGAAUAAUUGGAUCAAUUGGAACGUAGAUUUGUUGAAACUGAAAUAGUUUAGCUAUUUCUAUCGAACUGUAUGCGACAAUAUUUGUUAGUAUAA